AUGAGAGCCAAACAAGUGGAUAAAAGAGCCCCAGUCCUAAUCGGAACCAAUUCGCUGCCUGAAUUCGAAUGCUUCCUAUCGAAGUUCUCCCGUCCGACUCAUCUCAGUGAACUCCGUCGGCCACCCUGUCAAACCCUACUGACUCUAGCGAUCUGCGAUAUAAGUACUGCAUACAUUGCUGCGCAAGCAUUUCUCGACGAAAAGCAUGAAGGACCAGACUAUGUGUCUCUCAAUGACAAUAACGAUUAUACGCUAGGUAAGACUAGGAAACACAACUUUGUCAUCUCCGUCCUUCCCCACGGGAUAUGCUGCACAGUUUUCCUGAGGUUAAAAUUGCAUGACAUCCAUCUUGGUGACAUCGUGUUAGGUGCUACUAGUGCCAGGGAAAACGAUAUAAUAUCAGGAGUUCCAAGAGAAGGGAUUCUUGAGCCAGCCACACACAGCUCUGUGGGCGGCAGAAAAUGGACUCAUGGCGGCCCACAAGAUCGACGGAAAUGGGGUUCAACGGGCAGGAGCACAAACAACCAGACCCAAGCAGCGACAGAUUGUAUCAACCCCCAGUCAUUCAUCCUCCAAACGACCAAGCAGACUGUGCGACUGCGUGUGCAAUUCACUACUGAUAAAUCUGCAAAGGAAUGGGACGUCCUGCGUUUUGAAAUAGAAGCGGUAGGACUGAUAAACCAAUUUCCUUGUCUGGUAAAUUGCGGUAUCUGUAACUACUCGGACACACACAUGAAUAAGAAAUGGCAAAGACAUGCACCAACAGUAGCUACUGCAUACGUAAAAGAUCUUCUCGGCCAAAUCGCCCUAAAUAUUGUGGAAGCGGAGAAGAGGGCCGGUGAUAUGCUUCCUAAUGUCUGCGGAAAGGUUAAGGAGAUGUCGCGACGCGUUGACAGACUUCUACGGGAGCGACAUGAUCGGGAGCGUGACGCCAUUCAUACCUGGAUCAUGCAAACUGACUGCGGACAUCAGAAAAGAGGGCACAUCAAGAGGCGAGGGCCGGGAACUGGCCAAUGGUUUCUAAACUCAACUGAGCAUUCCUGGUGCGGGAAAGACUACGACAACAUCUGUUGUUAUAAAACACCUCUGUACAAAACAUCAGAAUCACGAAAAACUUGGCAUCGCAUACAUGUACUACAAUUUCCAAAGACAGUAGCAAUAGAAGCCAGAACAUCUCCUCGCGAGCCUGUUAAAACAGCUAGAUCAACGGCAGUAAUGAAUCAAGUCAAGUUGAACCUUGAAAACGCUACAAACUUGCUUGUUGACAAGUCUGGCCGUAAUGGAGAAGGUAAUAAGACGCUCCGCAAGUCAUUUACGGCGCAGUGUAGCCGCUAUCGCACGAUAACCGUGGUUAUUAUGAUAGGGGUUGCAUCGCGGAUAAAUGGUGCUCAACAAAGCCGCCGCGCCCCCGAAAUUCAAAAUUCAGACGAUAACUCCACCCGUAAACCACUGAAAAUCAAAGCAGCCUGCCAUCGACACCCCCUCACUCGCGGCCCGGCACAUCUACCUAACUUCAGCUCUUACGCCGCAUCACUCGUAUUGCCGCACAUGAUUUUACGUCCGGCGCGGCAACCUGGCAACCUCAGCCAUAGAAGCUUGUUGCCCGGCUAA